ACUCGGGGCUCAGAUGACAGGCUGUGAUCGGGGCGGUAGGGAGUGGGCAGGAGUCUCACUGGAACCGGAACCAACAGCUCUGGCUGGAGAGGCGAGUCCAGAACGAGGCCCGUGUUUUCUGAGCUGCAGCCAGUGAGGAGGUGAAGUUUGUUUCCAGCAUGGCUCUUCUGCUGCUGCUGCUGCUUCUGCUGCUGAUUCUUGCAGCUCACGUCGGUCCUUCCGAGUGUGGAUGCGACGGCCGGCUCUACCAGAAGGUGAUCAACGACCUCUGCUUCAACCGCUUCGAGGAGGAGAUGGUCAGACUGGACUCGGGAAGGUGGUGCAGCUGGCCGGAAACAAUGGAGAUCUAUGAGGGACUGACUAACUGCACCUGCCAGGUGGCUUUGAGGAUGGACUGCUUCUGGCCCAACCGGCUGGUGGACGACUUCUUCAUGAAGAUUCAUAAUACGUACUUCCACCACUGCGCCCUGACCGGCCGGCUCCUCCAGGAGCCAUCAAUCGGUAUCCUGGCGCCCUUCAUCGGCGUGUCAGUGCUGAUCGCCCUGCUCAUGACCGCAGUCGUGGUUUGGAGGAGCAAACGCACAGAAGGGAUGCUGUAGAGGUGGUGAAGGAGCUUGAGUUGGUCUCAGUACUUGGAGAUGGACUCAUAGCAUCAUGAGCCACAGUGAGGGAACUUCAUGUACUUUGAGAAGCUGAUGUAUAUCUUAGAAGAUGCCUUAGAAGACGCUAAACUGUAGUGAAGACAAACAAAAUAGUGUCGCCUCUACAAAAGCGUACAAGUGUUGAGUUUAAACUACGUCUGCAUCAACAACUGAGAGGAAAUGAGGUGCAGGACUCUUGAAAAUGUAAAGAAAUGCAACAGCACAACAAAUUAAGCUUUGAAGGAAACGUUUGGGCUAUAUUUAUUUGUAUUAUUCUGAAAGCUCUUUUGUACGAUUUUGCGAUUGACGGUCAAGGCUACAAGGCAAAUGUUGGGAUCAGCCUCUGAUCUGCGGCUGUUUUUAAAAAAGUGACGAAAGAUUCUCCUUGUGGAGAUUUCGGAAAACCGUCCAAAGUAUUUAUGCAAAGAUCUGCGAGUAAAUUUGACUUUUCGUUGCAGCCAAAAGUUCAUGAAAAUCCACAAAUUUUUUUUAUUAUGGUCAAUAAUUCUUCUCACAGCCGACAAUGACUGCUGCUUGUUUAAGAGGUGUUAAGACAAGAAGAAGGUGAUUUAAGGCACAUCUGCUCCUCAGUUAUAGGCAUUGGUUGCCUGAGUGACUUCAACAUCACUCUUUCACAAGUGACAAUGGUGAACUGAUAUUAGCUGUCAGUUCUGAUCUAAAAACAAAGUCAGGGUUAAUGUGUAUGCAUAGAUCUAUCAAUAUAUCAAUAAAAAAAACCACAACAAAGCAGUACAAUAUGCAGAAAAAUAUAAAGAAAUAACUGUGUAUAUAUACAGAAAAACUUAAGACCUGUUCCAAGGAGACAUGUGCCUUGGUAUUCACUCUAAUUUUCAUAUUUUGUGUUUAAAAUAUACAUUGUGAUUGUCCAGCGUCUGAGUGUGUAGCAUUCACCAAUGAAAGAUUAACAGGAGGAAAGUGUUUCUCUGUUCCUGUUUAAUAAUCAUAAGAACAAGAAAACUGACAGCAAGCAGAGAGGCUCAAAAUUCCACGAGUGAAAGUGAUAUGAAUGUGUAUAUAUGAAAACCAGUUUGUUAAUGUGCAACAAAAUAAAUUGAAAAGGAACACAAUAAUAAUAAUAAUAAGCUUCCUGUCACCAGUGAAAUAUGAGAUUAAGUUGCUGUAUGCUGGUCUUUAGCUGCUUUUCUUUUUUAUGUCUGAAUGUGAGUUUGGUUAUUAUGUCUGUAACUAAAAACUUUUUUGUUUCAGCUAUCCUUAAGUAUUAUUUUUGUUAGUAGUGCUAUAAAAUUUUAGGAAAAUUAUAUUUAUUUCCUGAAUUCAUAUCUUGCUACACUUUUUUCCGAUAUCAUGAACUGAAAAUAAAAGUACUUGAUCCAA